AUGCCUCCCAAAGCCCGCAAACGCGGCCCCCCACCGACCACCGCAACCUCCUCCACCCCCGCCCCGAAACGCGCGCGACAAUCCAAACUCGCCAAGGAGAACGACAUCACCGCCGCCGAAGAAAGCGAGAUCAAAGAAGUGUUUCACUUAUUUGUUGUUGACGACGAGAUCGAUGAGUUCCCCAACGAGAAGGAAGGCGUGAUCCCGGUGGAAGAUGUGAAGAAAGCUCUUUCACCGCCCCUCUCACCCCCUCCUAAACUAACCACCCAGAGCAAAAGAGCAUUAGGUCUCCCCCCCACCCCCACCGAACUCCCCCCCAUCCUCUCCGCCCUCGACCCCACGGACACCGGCUACGUCCCCUACGAACCGUUUCUGACCGUCGCCGCCGCCAAGCUCCGAUCCCGCUCCGACGAGGCCAUGGCCGCCGAGGUCGAUGCGGCGUUUCGGCUCUUCACGCGCGGGGGUAGCGGGCGUAGCGGGAGCGGUGGAGGUGCAGGAUCUGGUAGCAUCAUCACCCUGCACCAUCUGCGGCGGAUCGCCCGCGAACUCAAGGAGGAGGGGAACUUGGAUGAUCAGUUGCUGAGGGAUAUGAUCCUCGAGGCGAAUGGGGGCGCCGGGGUGGCGGCGGGUGUGACUUUGGGUCAGUUUCGGGAGGUGAUGCAGCGGGCGGGGGUUUUUUGA